AUGGCCGACGUUCCACGACCAGGGCCGGCGAAGCUGACUGCGGGCGCGGGCCUGGACGAGUGGCUCGAGGAGGCGAAACAGUGCCACUACCUACCCGAGGCCGUCAUGAAGCAGCUCUGCGAGAUGGUGAAGGAAGUGCUGAUGGAGGAGUCAAACAUCCAGCCUGUUUCAACGCCGGUGACGAUCUGUGGCGACAUUCACGGCCAAUUCUACGAUCUAUUGGAGCUGUUCCGCGUAGCGGGUGGCAUGCCGGGCGAGACAGACGUGCAGGCACCUAGGACGAUGACUGCCGUGAUCACCUCGGAGGACAUUGAGCCACCAACGGAGAUCCGCAACCCGCGGCUACGGAGGAAACUGCACGCGGGCCUGAUUGGCGGUGGCGACGACGCGGCAUUCGACGACGACGGCGAAGGCAGCAGCGGUGGCGAGGCAGAGGGAGCGGAAGGCGUCGCAUCAGCAUCCGCAUCAGCGGCGGCGGGGGAUGCAAUCGAUGCGGCCAACGGCGGCGAUGCGGACAACAGCCGCACAGGCAACACGACUGAGGGCGCAUCGAGCACGUCGCAGUCGGCCGACUCGCGCUUUGUGUUUUUGGGCGACUUUGUCGACCGCGGCUACUUCAGUCUCGAGACGUUUACGCUGCUCAUGUGCCUCAAGGCCAAGUACCCGGACCGCAUUGUGCUGGUCCGCGGCAACCACGAGUCGCGCCAGAUUACGCAAGUGUAUGGUUUCUACGAAGAGUGCCAGCAAAAGUACGGCAACGCGUCGGUAUGGAAGGCGUGCUGCCAGGUCUUUGAUUUCCUUGUGCUGGCGGCCAUUGUGGACGGUACGGUGCUGUGUGUGCACGGCGGUCUGUCGCCGGAGAUCCGCACCAUUGACCAGAUCCGUGUUGUCGCGCGUGCCCAGGAGAUCCCGCACGAAGGCGCAUUUUGCGACCUCGUGUGGAGUGACCCGGAGGAUAUUGAGGCGUGGGCGGUCAGUCCGCGCGGUGCUGGCUGGUUGUUUGGCGACAAGGUGGCGCACGAGUUCAACCACGUCAACGGGCUCAAGACAAUUGCGCGUGCGCACCAGCUGGUCAAUGAGGGAUACAAGUUCCACUUCGCCGAAAAGUCCGUUGUUACCGUCUGGUCAGCACCUAACUACUGUUAUCGGUGUGGUAAUGUUGCGUCCAUCAUGACGGUCGACAACAACCUGGAGUCCAAGUUCCGUAUUUUCUCGGCCGUACCCGACGAGUUCCGCCACACGCCUUUUAACCGUAGGGGGCCGAGCGACUACUUUUUGUAG